AUGUCAAAUAAUAGAAAUGAAGAGGUAAGAAAAUAAGAAAUUGAAAAUGAAAGGCUGGCUUAAGAAAACAAACUUUUGAAUCAAGAACUAUCUAAAGUCCUUAGUAACCAAUAAUUUGUCUGUAAUUAAUAAAUAUUACCAAGUUCAAUAAAAAUACGAUGAUAAAACUUUAAAGAUUAUUAUUAAGAUGGAAAAAUUUAAAUAAAAAGAAUCAAGUGAAUUGAAGUUCCGUCUUUUUCCAGAAGAAAAAGUUUUAGAGAUAUCAGGCCUUAUAUAAGAAAGCGAUAAAGAAUAAUAAAAUUAAUACUAUGUUUUUUUUUAAAAAUUGAAUCUGUAAAGCCAAGUAACUGGUAAGCCAAAAAUCACAUAGAAAGAAAGCAGCAUUGAAAUUAUUUUUGAUAUAAAAAAAUCUUGA